UUUCAAUCCGUCAGUGUAAAUUCAACAGUAGACCGCGCGUGUCGUUUUGAAGCAAAUGUGCUACGGUAACUCUCGACGUAUAUUUCUUUUUAAAUCUUUGUGACCUUGUAUAACCGCUUAAGUGAAUAAUUACCUCAAAGGUACCGUGCACAAAAUAACAAAAUGUCGGAAAACGCACAUGAUAUAUUAAAAGAAGCAGCUGCGACUGCCGCGGUUACCGGAUCGCUAUUUAGCACAUUUGAUAUUAUUAUGCUGAUUCUCUUAUUGGGAGCAGCUGUAUGGUGGUUAUAUAGUUCCAAGAAAGACAACAAAAAGGACGAAAUUCUUCUUAGUAAAUAUUCAAUACAACCAGCUGCUUCUUUACAAAUAGUAGAGAAUUCGUUCAUAAAAAAACUACAAUCUUCUGGACGUAAACUUGUUGUAUUCUAUGGGUCCCAAACUGGUACCGGAGAGGAAUUUGCCGGUCGGCUCGCUAAGGAGGGCGCCCGGUAUAAAAUGAAGGGUAUGGUCGCUGACCCCGAAGAAUGUCAUAUGGAAGAACUGACUAAGUUACCGGAAAUACCCAAUUCGUUGGCUGUCUUCUGCAUGGCGACAUACGGUGAAGGUGACCCGACUGAUAAUGCUAUGGAAUUCUUCGAUUGGUUGAAAAAUGAAGAUCCAAAUCUAGAAGGACUUAACUUCGCGGUGUUUGGUUUGGGCAACAAAACAUACGAGCAUUACAAUAAAGUGGCCAUAUUUCUUGACAAGCGUCUUGAAGAACUCGGUGGUAACAGAGUGUUUGAACUUGGACUAGGUGAUGAUGAUGCAAACAUUGAAGAUGACUUCAUCACAUGGAAAGAAAAGUUUUGGCCUGCAGUCUGUGAGAAGUUUAACAUUCAGAGCACAGGGGAAGAAGAGUUGACAAGGCAGUUCCGUCUGGUGACACAUCAACCUGAUGAAUUUACUCCCAAUCAAAUAUUCCAGGGUGAAAUUGCUAGACUGCAUUCACUACAAGUACAGAAACCACCUUAUGAUGCUAAGAAUCCAUUCUUAGCACAAAUCAUAGUCAAUAAAGAACUGCACAAAGGUGGAGACAGGUCAUGUCUUCAUGUGGAACUUGACAUUUCAGAUUCGAAAAUGCGAUAUGAUGCUGGUGAUCAUGUGGCAAUCUACCCAAUCAAUGAUAUUGAUUUAGUCAACCGUCUUGGUGAUUUGACCGGCGCAAAUCUUGACGAAAUAUUUUCGCUGAUCAACACAGACGAAGACAGCAGUAAAAAGAAUCCUUUCCCUUGUCCAACAUCAUAUCGCACGGCUCUUUCUCAUUAUGUAGAAAUCACAGCUUUACCUCGUACGCAUGUUCUUAGAGAACUUGCAGAGUACUGUACCAAUGAAGAAGACAAGAACCAACUUCUGCUCAUGUCAACUAAUUCACAAGAAGGCAAGGCGUUGUACCAGAGUUUCAUAGUGGACGCCUGCAGGAAUAUUGUGCACAUCUUGGAAGAUCUAAAAUCUUGUAAGCCAACGCUAGACCACCUCUGUGAACUGCUGCCUCGUCUCCAACCGAGAUACUACUCAAUAUCCUCCAGCCCUAAGUUGUAUCCCGAGACUGUGCACAUAACAGCUGUUGUUGUGGAGUACAAGACUCCCACGGGCCGCACUAACAAGGGUGUGGCCACCACCUGGCUCGCUCAGCACAAACCCGAAGAGGGCAAACCAUUCCCAAGAGUCCCUGUCUACAUUAGAAAAUCUCAAUUCAGAUUGCCAUUGCAAACGCAGACUCCGAUAGUGAUGGUGGGUCCAGGAACGGGACUUGCGCCCUUCCGCGGCUUCCUGCAGGAACGAGCCCACGCCCGUGCCAGUGGAAAGGAAGUCGGCACCACUGUCCUGUACUUUGGCUGCAGACACCGGGACCAAGAUUACAUUUACCAAGAUGAGCUCGAAGAAUAUGAAAAGAAUGGUGAUGUAAAGCUGAAUGUAGCCUUCUCACGAGACCAAGAGAAGAAAGUUUACGUGACUCAUCUCCUUGAAAAGAAUAUGGAAGAACUUUGGGAUAUAAUAGGCAAUCGAAAUGGACACUUUUACAUCUGCGGGGACGCUAAAUACAUGGCUGUGGAUGUUCGUAACAUCGUGCUGAGAGCGAUACAGGAGGUGGGAGGAAAACCCGAGGAAGACGCAAUUCAAUUCUUGAAGAAACUUGAGUCUAUGAAGAAAUAUUCAUCAGAUGUAUGGAGUUAAGGCACAGGCCGCAUAUAUUAAUUUAAUUUAUCUACUUAAGAACAUUAUCCAAAUAAUACAUAUUAAAAUAUGUAAAA